AUGGCGAAAGCGCGCAACGCUGCUUACGCGGAGGAGAAAGCGGAGGUUGAGGUACUCAAAGGCCAAGUAACAAAGCACGAAGAUCUGAGCAAAAGACUAAAAGGGGUCCAAGCGAGGCUUCACGGAGAUGGUCGAAGUGUUCAGGAGUCGAUUGGAUCGAUUCAAAAUCACACUCGUGAGAAUCAAACCAUGGCUGCAAACAUCGACAAACUCGUUGCUCAUAUUGAAAAGAUGCUUGUCAGCGGACAAGACAAGGCUCAAGAACAGAAGAUCAUUCGAGCUGGUCCAAGUCAAACCGGUAUAGAAGAGUAUAUAGCAUGCAUCAGACGUCUGGAUCGAUCUCUUGAGCAGUUGACAGCCUCAAAGAUGAGGGUCCAGCAGCAAACCAUUGGGGACUACAAUGAACUUCUUAGCGAGGGGCUUUCGCGAUUGCAGGAAUUCUUCGCUGGAGUACUGAGCGAGAAAUCUCAGCAAAUUGAGCCUCUCCAUUAUAUCACCAAGCAAUUGCCGUUUCCGACAUUUUCCGCUGAGAAAUUAUCUUCGCUCCGCUCAAUCGACCGCUGCCUGUCCACUCCGAACGCCCGGGCCUUAUCCUACAAUCAACGAGAGAAUAUCGCCGUUCGUAUCUACUCCGACCUACGAUCUCCUUACCUUGCCAAUAGCCUGCAAAGCCUUUCGAUAGGAUCAAUCACCACCUCGAAAAGGAGGAACUCCGACGAGCCGUAUCGACCAGGCACAAGCGGUAUUGAUCUUUACGCUCAGGGUAUGGAGAAUAUCCUGGGUGCUGAGAGUCAACAUGUGCAGGCAAUUUUCUCUCGUGAAGACUCUGGACUUGUACUUGAGUCCACGUGCCGUAGGAGCUUGUCUGAUUUAGCCAAGACGCUUCGCGAGCUCAACGCGCAAAUCAAGCAAAACAUGACAACAGAUUGCUUCCUUGCGUACGAAAUAGUCGAAGUGAUCUCUCGAGCGGGUCAUCGGCUUGGCCAGGAAAGCAGCGAAAUGAAGCUAUUCUUCGCAGAUGCAUUGAAGCCGAUUCGUGAUACUGCGAAAGCUUCCCUACCCGAGCUUCUUGAAGAUCAGCGACGGCGUAUCAAUGCAUUGCUAACGCUUUCGCCCGAUGGUGCAGCCGUCUCGUUCACGUCAGAGACUAUGACCCGUCUUCAGACUAUGACAGCCUUUUCCAAAGGCCUUUCUUCAAUUCUUGGCUCUCUUGGUGACGGCAAUUGGACCUCGUCAUCUUCACUCCAUACCGCGAAUUCUUCAGCGUCUUUGCCAUCACUUCGGUCAUUAGAUGUCGGCGCCGACGGCAGUACUUUGCUGUCACACUACGUUCUGGACACCAUUGACACGCACCUCAGCAAUCUUGAGGCCCGUGCUCGGAUGCUACACAAGGUCAAGGCCGUUCAAGGUGUCUUUCUUUACAACACAAUAGCUUUGAUGGAUCGCAUGAUUCGAUCUUCAGAUCUAACGACCUUACUCUCCAAUAGUCCAAAUGCACAAACCAAGUUUGAUAUUUGGCGAAAAAGAGCCAUUGCUACGUACAUGGACUCCUGGAAGGAACCCUCGACAGCCCUGCUUGACGUAGUCUACACGAAUCGUUCAUCGAAUCGACCGGCCAGUGCAGCGUCUUUGCCCUCAGCAGACAUUAUAAAAAACCUAAGUAGUAAGGAUAAAGACGCUAUCAAGGAAAAGUUCAAACAUUUCAACGCAAGCUUUGAUGAAGCUAUCAAAAGACACAAAGAGUUGCUCCCAGCCAUGGAAAGAGAAGUGCGACAUGGUCUUGCAAGGGAGAUCAGCAACAUGAUCGAGCCGCUGUACACCCGCUUCUUUGACAAGUAUGAGGCAAUGGAUCGGGGCAGAGGCAAGUACGUGCGCUAUGAUAAAGGCAGCCUGUCGGGCGUGUUGGCAGGGCUAAGUUGA